GUUCAGUUUUGACACUCUCACCAAAGUAUCUUGUAUCCCACAGAUACCCGUGUCGUAUACAAGUGCGCUUUUUUGUACAGCGGGUAGUUUUCGUUCGUUAUUUGCUCAAAAAAUAAAACAAAAUUUAUACAAAUAAAAAAUUUGAUAGUAGAUUGAAUGAAUGUUUUCGACUGGUUUCGUUUCGUUGUAUUUUUUAUUGUUGUGUUCACGCAAAGAGAAUCCAAAAAACCUUUAAAGAAAAUUAAAAAAGAAAUCUAAAAUAAACGAGCGUGCGUUAGCAGUUUCAAUUCUUUUUUUUACAGUUUGCAAAAACACAAGAGUUAUUGAGGAGUAAGAAAGAAGAGUAAAAUGUUUAAAAUAGCCAAACCACCAAUGAGUCAAAGUGCUGGACAUCAGCAGCAGCAGCAGCUACAGCAACGAACACCUAAAACCACGCCUCUAGUCGAUGACUAUGAAAUUUCUAACACCGUGUUGGGUCUGGGUAUAAAUGGAAAAGUUGUUGAAUGUACAAAUCGUAAAACAAAUCAAAAAUAUGCAUUAAAGGUUUUAUUGGACAGUCCUAAAGCGAGACGUGAAGUUGACCUACAUUGGCGUGUCAGUGGCUGCCGUCAUAUUGUCAAUAUUGCCGAUGUCUAUGAGAAUACAUAUGCUGGUAAUAAAUGUCUCUUAGUCGUUAUGGAAUGCAUGGAGGGUGGCGAACUAUUUCAACGUAUACAAGAUAAUGCUGAUGGUGCAUUUACCGAAAGAGAGGCUGCUCAAAUAAUGCAUGAAAUCUGUGUGGCCGUACAUUUUCUGCAUAGUCGUGAUAUUGCUCAUCGGGAUUUGAAACCUGAGAAUUUAUUAUACACAUCGCCACAUCCGAAUGCUAUUUUGAAAUUAACAGAUUUCGGUUUCGCCAAAGAAACCCUUAUCAAGGAUACACUACAGACACCAUGCUAUACACCAUAUUAUGUUGCUCCCGAAGUUUUGGGUCCCGAGAAAUACGACAAAAGCUGUGACAUUUGGUCUUUAGGCGUUAUUAUGUACAUUUUACUGUGUGGCUUUCCGCCGUUCUACAGUAACAAUGGCAUGGCCAUAUCGCCCGGCAUGAAGAAACGCAUUCGUACCGGCCAAUAUGAUUUUCCCAAUCCAGAGUGGAAAAAUGUCAGCCAAUCGGCCAAGGACUUAAUUAAGGGAAUGUUGAAUGUAGAUCCCAGCAAACGUUUGACCAUCGAAGAAGUAAUGCGUAAUAAAUGGAUUGCCCAGUAUACCGAAGUGCCCAUGACUCCUCUAUGUACAGGACGUAUGCUCAAAGAGGGAGAGGAAACGUGGCCUGAGGUGCAAGAGGAAAUGACCAGAUCUUUGGCCACAAUGAGAGUAGAUUAUGAUCAGGUGAGUGAGAUGCACAUCAAGGCCUUGGACAAAUCGAACAAUGCUUUAUUAAGUAAAAGGCGAAAAAAGAUUGAGGAACUUGCAGCUGCUCAAAAAAAGUAAAAAGAUGCAAAUCAAGAAGAAUAAGGAGAAAACCUCAAUUAAAAUUAAAAAUUUAACACUUUAACAUUGAUUUGACUUUAAAGAAAUUUCAGCUUAAAGACAAUUUUUAAAGAAAUGAAGAUAACAACAGAUGGAAGCUAAAGAAUGUUUGUUUCAAAAAGAAACAAUUAAUUUAAAACUUGUUAAUUUGUACCCUUAACUAUAAAGGGUUUUACAAAUACACAAUUUUUCUUAUUUUUAGAUUGAGGAAAUGUUUUUUUUUUUAAUUUUUAUGCAAAGUAUUUGCUAAUAUUUUAUGUUUAAUUUUGAUGUCAUGUUGUUUUUUGUUUAAAUAAACUUAUUCUUUACUAUGUAAAAGCUUAAAAAACAAAAAACUCAAGAGAAAAAACAAAGAGACAAAAAACGAAAUACUUAAACAAAGAUUAUUAAAAAAAAUACAUAUAAAUACAAUAUAUUAUUAACAAUGCGAGUACAUAUAUACAAAACAUACUAACAAUAUGUUAAAACUUAAAGUCAAUAAAUAAUUUAAAAACAAGCAUAAAUAUAAAAAUAAAUAAAAAGUUAACAUUGCUCUAUACUAUAACUACAUAAAUAUAAAUGUAAACAUUAUAUACAACAACAAAAUGUAAUUGUUAAUAAUAUUAAUAACUUUAAAAAACACGGAACGAAAAAAAACUGUUGUUAAAAGGUGUAUUAUUCAAAUUAUUUUAAAACAAAAACAUAAAAAUAAACCAUGUAUGCUCUAGGUAUUCAUUUUACUAAUAAAUUCUUUUUAGUUUAUAGAGGUUUAUAAAAACGCAUUCAAAAUUAUUAUUUAAAAUGUUAAUUUUUCAAUUAUUUUUUUUGUGAAAAACUUUAAAAUAAAACAAGUAUUUUUAUAGCUCUUUUGUAGCAUGUAAAAGAAUGAUAAAAAUAAUAAAUAUAAAGAAUAUUAAACAAAAAACAAA